UCUGUCCUGAUGUCCACACACAUGAAAAGGGAAAGCGGUGGUUAAGCAAGACACAGGAGUAACUGGACGACAUGAGGUGCAUCUGGGAUGUAUGUUUAGUCCUCUUCGCCUUUACGUUUACCUCCAGAGCCGACAUAUACAAGGAUCGAGCGCGAAGUCUGAUGUCUGAGACACCACUGAUCGAUGGACACAAUGAUUUGCCAUGGCAACUGAGGAUGCAGUUUAACAAUCAGCUAAAUGGAGUGGACCUGCACACACUCAAUUCAACGCACACCAACAUCCAUAAAAUCAAACAGGGCUACUUAGCAGCACAGUUCUGGGCUGCAUACGCCCCAUGUGACACUCAGUAUAAAGAUGCCGUUAGACACACCUUGGAGCAAAUCGAUAUUAUACACAGAAUGUCUAACAAAUAUCCUGAGGACUUUGUGUUUGCUUCCAGCAGUCAAGACAUAUUGGAUGCCUUUGCCAACAAUAAGACAGCGAGCUUGAUCGGGGUGGAAGGAGGUCACUCUGUAGACAGCAGUAUGGGAACGUUGCGCACCAUGUAUCAACUGGGAGUCCGUUAUCUGACUCUCACACACAGCUGCAACACACCUUGGGUGGAUAACUGGAAGGUGGAUACUGGCUCAGAUCCUGUGGAGCACAAUGGCCUGAGUGACUUUGGAAAGCGUCUGAUUGGUGAAAUGAACCGCAUGGGCAUGCUGGUGGACCUGGCUCACGUCUCAGAACAGGUGAUGAGCCAAGUCCUGGAGAUCUCCCAGGCCCCUGUUAUCUUCAGCCACUCUUCUGCCUACAGCAUUUGUCCUCACAAGAGGAACGUCCCAGAUUACAUCCUGGAGAAAGUGAAAGCCAAAAACGGGAUUGUAAUGGUGAAUUUCUAUAAUGAAUACGUCACCUGUAGCUCAAAGGCCAGCCUCUCACAUGUGGCAGAUCACUUUGAUCACAUCAAGAAAGUAGCUGGUUCCAGCAGUGUGGGUUUUGGUGGUGAUUAUGAUGGUGUAAGCAGUGUACCAACUGGUCUGGAGGAUGUUUCCAAGUAUCCUGAUCUGGUAGCAGAACUGCUAAGACGUAACUGGACAGACGACGAGGUCAAAGACGCUCUUGGAAGAAACCUGAUUCGAGUGUUCAAAGCUGUGGAAACGGUACGUGACAGCCUGAGUAUUAGGACUCCUGAUGACAUCCCCAUCCCUCUGGAGCUAGUCCAGAACCCUUGCAGGACAGAUUACGGCUAUCUGGUUCAGCCCAAUGCUGCAAACAUGCCAUCUCACAGCUUAUUUAUUUUAUCAUUAACACUGAUUUUAUUCUUACUGAUUCCCAAUUUUAUGUAACUGUACACCUAUUGGGUUGUUAUAAUACCUGCUGUACAAAACUGAUUGCUUUUUUUUUGGGUUAAAUCUUUAAAAUAAUAAAUAGAUAGAUAGAUAGAUAGAUAGAUAGAUAGAUAGAUAGAUAGAUAGAUAGAUAGAUACAUACAUACAUACAUACAUACAUACAUACAUAUACAUACAUACAUACAUACAUACAUAUUUACAAUAAUUAUAAAAAAUAAAAGAACCACUACACUAUGUUUUUGUCUCUUCAGCAACACUUGGUAUUGUGUUUUUCUAUGAUCAUGUGUUUUAUGUAUUUUUUAAAUAACAAAAAACACUAUAAGCCUGGAAAUUGUUCUUCCCUGUGUAGAGCACAUGACCUCACCAAGAUGGCCGCUCAGAACCGCAACAGUAAACAAAGCAUUAGUACUUCCUUUAGAUCAAUCAACAUACACACGUUUGCUUGGUAAAUCUUUAAAACUGACAAUAUAGUUGUUUCUGUUUUGUCGUGUUUUAAUAUGCAGCACUCAGAACAUCACCUUUAGCCUGCUAGAUUGCAGAUAACAAGAGAUAAAACACUUUUUACGAA